GUUGGCGGUACAGCCCGGGAGCGUGGUCUUCUUCGCGGUGGAGCUCACGAAGAUCCGGGAGAACAUGAUGGACGGCCCCGGAGCCCAGCGAUCGGAGCGGCUCACUUCCAACGAGCUCCUGUUCCUGGGGACUGCAAACUGUCUGACGGUGGGCAUCACUACCAACUCUCCGGGAGAUCUCGAUGAGAUGCCGGACACCAUCGAUGGAGUUCAGGCGGAGCGCUUCCGCUGCAUGGGCC